AUGGGAACUUCAGCCCGGGAUUGUUUGAACAGUACCAAUCUUGCCGUCAACUUGCUCCAGGACUUGGGAUUUAUCGUGAACAAGGAGAAAUCCAAUCUGAUUCCAACACAGCAAGUCGAGUACCUGGGAUUUGUUAUAAAUUCCAAGAACAUGACUCUUUCCCUAAAUCAGGGGAAGAUAAACAACAUCAUCAGCCACUGCAGAGAGGUUUUGUCAGCACACACAACUUCAGUCCGCGAUCUUGCCAGUUUGAUCGGGAAGAUGUCAGCGACCAUACAAGCAGUAUUCCCAGCCCCGUUAUUCUACCGGCACCUUCAGUUGGAAAAGAUAGCGUCCCUGCGGGAACACUACAACUACGAGACAGAGGUCACCUUGUCAAAAGAGGCAAGGGACGAGCUCCGGACAUGGACUCAAUACCUACAGGCAUGGAACGGUCGGGGGAUCGUUCUGCAGACUCCAGAUCUAACUAUCCAAACAGACGCGUCAUUGAGCGGUUGGGGAGCCUGCCUGGGAAAUCAACGAGUCGGGGGUCGCUGGACACCGCAGGAAAAGAUAAAUCACAUCAAUUAUCUCGAAGUGUUGGCAGCCUUUUAUGCACUCAGAACACUACUAAAGGACCGUCAAAAUGUGCAUGUUCGGCUACAGAUGGACAACUCUACGGCGAUUUCUUACAUAAACCACAAGGGUGGAACACGCUCCGUAAGUCUUGUUCAACUUGCACUCAAGAUUUGGUUAUGGUGUCUCCAAAGAAGUCUCAUCUUGACGGCAGAACACCUGCCAGGCUCGAUGAAUGUCACAGCGGACAACCUAUCCCGUGUGUUCAACGAUCGGUCGGAAUGGCAGCUAAACGUUCGGAUAUUUCGCAGGAUUAUGAACAGACUAGGUUUCUCCCCAGACGUGGAUCUGUUUGCAACUCGACUCAACACUCAACUCCAGAUGUUCGUGUCAUGGCAACCAGAUCCCAUGGCAUGGAGAGUAGACGCUCUACUUCUGAACUGGAGGGAGAUAAAGGGUUAUGCCUUUCCUCCCUUUGCGCUUCUGCCCAGGUGUUUGAGCAAGAUCAGCGAGGAACAGGCCACGAUUGUGCUCAUCGCCCCCGUCUGGCGCACGCAGAUCUGGUACCCCAGACUUCUGGAGAUGGCCGUUCAAAAUCCCGUUAUUCUACCCAGGGGAAGAGAUCUUCUCCAAUUGCCUCACAACCGAACACUUGUCCAUCCAUUGGCAGAUCUAAUGUUGUUAGCCGCGUGGAAGCUGUCAGGGAAAACCUUCGCUCAGAGGGAAUUUCUCAGUCAGUGUCCUUCACAGUCAUGUCAUCAUGGAGGGACAAGUCCAAGAAGCAGUAUGAUUCAGCUUGGAAUCGAUGGGCCAGCUGGUGUCUUCAGAGGCAAGCAGAUCCUGUUCGAGCACCUAUAG